GUGGGAGUCACAGGGAAUGUCUAUACGCUAUUCAUGGCAAAAUACUCGAACUGUUGGACAGCAAAAUUUGUGCAUUUUAACAUUAUCGCAAAAUUUUAGAUUGCAUGUUACUAUAUCUAUCCUUAUGUGUACCUUGUCUGUGGUAGAUUACAGAAGGGAGCAUAAGAAUAUACACGAUAAAAACAUAUUACCCGUCUCUAUAUGGUGUUCAUAAUUCAUGCCAAGCGCCAUUUUCAAACACAUCAAUUUUGAAUAGUGUCCGUUGAACGGUUUCUCCGCUGUGGUUUUACAUUUUUGUCCAUACGAUAAAAUGGCAGGCUUUCAAAGCAAAUACAAGUGCAAACCUCUCGGUUUUGGUGACGCUGUUGAGUCACAAUUUGUUCGAACAGAAAAUCAUAAAAAUUGGCGUAAAAAUAAAAGGAAUCAAUUCUUUAAUGAAAACAGAAAUAUUUUAGACAGUACAGUAAACAACGCAGCUCAAGAAAUGAAGUCAUCUUCUGUAAAUGAAAAUCGUAUGGUACGAUUGUUGAAAUGGAGAGAAGAGCGUGAUCGUCGGAAAAAGUUGGAGCAAAUAAAGAAAAAACCACCUUUCGUAGUUGGAACUGUGCAUCACAAAUUAUAUUCUCCAGGAAUGAAAGAUGAACCAGACAUGAUAACUAAAAAGGUAUGUAAAUCUAAUGUACCAGGAACUUUGUUGGUUCCAACAAAAAGAAUUACAAGAGCCACAGAAAAAAGAUUACUGUACAAAGCCUUAACAAAUAACGCAACAAAAGUUCAAACAAAUCCUGCGAAUCCUGAAAAAAAUAAACAGUCCAAAGUACCAAAGGAAAAGGAAUAUUCCUUUGCUCCUGAUAAUUACAAAUUUAAACCACCAGAAGGGUUGCCCCAGAUAUUAUUUGGUAGAGUCACGUGUAGUAUGACACCUGUCAUUUCAACUGAACCUGUAUCGUCAUUUUCAAAAAUUACACGAGCCAGUAGAAGAAGUAGUUAUGCAAAGUUGACUGUAGAACAGGUAAACAGCAAACUGUUAAAUACUUCUUAUACUAUUGAAAAGGAACAAGAUGAUGAUAACAUAGAAGAAGGUUCCAUUGAACCCAUUGUGUUAAAAUUAUCUUUUGGUGAAGAGGAAGAAUUUCUUUCAGGAAAUGAAAAUGAUAAUAAAAGUGGAAGAAAUAGUGACAAUGACAGUCAGGAAAAUGAAAAAUUUAGUGAAAAACUUAAUGAGUCUAAAAAGAACAGAAAACUUGGAAACUCUAAGAAAGAUAUAGAAAUCAGUGAAAAAUUCAAUCACAGUACUAAAGAUGACAAAAGUAGCAAAAAGUUUAAUGACAGUGGUAAAAAAUUUAAUAUCACAAUAAGGGACAAUAUUAAAGAUACUUGUGAUACGAUAAAUAAUACUUCUAAAGAAAGUGAACCUUUUACUAAUGAUAAUACACCAAAAUCUUUGCAAUCUGAUUCUUCUAACGAACCAGCUUCUCUUUCACCUUAUGUAGUAUCUAGUCGUGGAAAAAGCAAUGCUAGAAAGGAACAGCAAAUUAAACGUGGCUUCAGUUUUAGUCGUUCAACAAAUGAUAACAUUCCAACAAAAGAGACUGUCAUGAAAAAUCUUAACAUCUCUGUGGAUGAGGAAGAAAGAACUGCUCAAUAUUUCGAAUUUCUUCUGAACAAAGAAAUAGACAGACAGAAGAAAUUGUGUGAAAAGUGGAGUAAGAUAAAAGAAGAACCAGGGAUUACGGAAGAUGCCCAGUAUCAAAUUAAUCAGGCUAUCGGACAAGCAAAUUUGUUGAUGAAUAAAAAGUUUCAACGAUUUCGUAGUUUAGUUUUUGAUUGUGCAACUGGAAAAGGGGAAAUGUUAGUUACUUGUAAUGACUUACAAGGAUUCUGGGAUAUGAUGUACAUGGAAGUGGAGAAUUGUACUUUACGAUUUGAAAAGUUAGAACAACUACGUUUGCGAAAUUGGGAAGAAGAACAAGUAUCUGUUGUUGGUAAACCUCUUACAAAAAAGAAAGUUACAAAAAAGAAAGCAUUGCAUACAAAAUCAAGUAACGUUAGAGCUUUCUUAGCAAAAAAGAAACAGAGUAUGACUGAAAAAGCACAAAGUGAUGUUGGUGCACAACAAUUUGGAAUUUUGAAUAAUAAAAAUGAAAAUAGUGAAAACAGACUUAAUACUAAAUACACAUCAAGAAAAUCUAUCAGUCUCUGUGACGACAGACCAAAAUUAAGUUUGCUUGAAAAAGUGCAAUUCUCUGAUACAAAGAAAUUCAAAAGUCCAUUAACCAUAAUGAAAAUAAGUAAAAUGUGCAAAGUACCAGAAAUUUGCUUAGACGAUACUAUAUCCUAUACUAAUUCAAAUCAAACACCAGCAAAAAGUAUAUUAAAACAAUCAAGAUCCAGCGUGAAGGCAACGCAUGAAGUUAAUUUUGAUGAUAGUUUAAUUUUAAAUGAAAAUCCAAUAAGUGAAGAGUUUCGAAUCAAAAAGGAUUUAGCUACUGCAUUUGCUAAUAUAGAUAGUCUUAAUUUUGAUUGUGCUAGUGAAGAAACACCAAUUCAUACAGAAAGGGAGCUUGUCUAUAAUGACAGUAGUUUUGAAGAAUCUGAAAAUAGUACUAAUGCUAACAAAAAUUUGGAUAUAACCAAGCCUACAGAAGAAAAGAAGUGUAUGCAGAUACAUAUACCGUCUAUAAAAAUAGAAUCUGCAACACCACUCCAAGAACCCAUAUUACAUGAUAGAUCAAAUAUAUCAUCACCAAGAAAACUGUUACAAAGACAAAAUGCUUUACAUUGUAGCGAUGACUGUUUAUCAUCAAGUAUUGUAGCGUCGACGCCAUUAAAAAAGAUUUCAAAUCAUCCAGAUUUGAAUACUUCCAAAGAGAAAUUACAAAAAAAUGUUUCUAUUAGUGAUACUGAAGAAAUCGAUAAACAUGGUGAUAAUACGAGAGUGUUAAGGAAUAGAAGCAUUAUCACAGGAAACACAUCCAUACAAAAACAGAAGUUUUCCAGGAGUUUAUGUGACCAAGGGUUUGAGCAUAAAGAAAAUACAACUCCUACAAAAACUAAACGAAAAAGUUUGCGUAAAGUUAGCAUUAAAGAUGACAAAAUUGUCAAUUCAAAGAUAGAUUUACAUGAUGCUAUUGCCCACAUGAGCCUAGAAGAGAAUAGUGGGAGAAGAAGAUCUACCCGAAAAAGUGUCAAAUUUGAUGAAAACAAAUGCAGUGGUUGUUUGGUAAAGCCAGCAUUUCCUGUAACUCCUCAUGUUAGACGGAGUAGAAAGUCCAUUAAAAGCAAAGAAGAAGUAUAGUAAGUAACUGAAGAUUUUCUAUUAUUUCAAAUACAAUAAAGAAUAGUUAUUCUCUUUUUAUAUUUAUGUUCAGUCUAUGAAUGUAAUUACAUAUUUUAAUUUUACUUCAUAGAUUAAUGAGAUUAGUAAAUAUUGCAGAGUAAAAAGUAUCAUUAUCGAAUUAAAAUUAUUUACGUUAUUUGCAUUGCCUUUUUAUAUUGUAAGGGCGGUCUGUGAAUGUACUUCCGUUAAAAGUUAUACUGCACAGUGGAUACCAAUCAUUAGAGCAUAGCUCAGAACGAUCAUAAUUAUUUGGUUAAACAUUUCAUUACAUUAUACUUAUUAUAUAUACUAUUAUCAUAUCAAAUCAAUUGUUAUACUUUGAUAUUUUUCCAUAUAAAAAGAGUUCUGUUUAAUCGCAUUGGUUUGCACUUUUGAUCAGAUUUCUGCAAUGAUCCAUAACACUGGAGCGGCUAAGGAUGAUAAUCUAUUUUUCUUAUUGUAAAUAGUUUUUUACUUUAUUUCGAGAUACGAAGUACAAGAAGGUAUAACUUAAAUGUUGAAUAAAGUGUUUUUCGAGUAAUCUUUAUAAUCUCAUUAUAAAUCAACGAUUCCAAUAGAAACGUAUCUAUUUUUAUGUGUUAGACUGAGAAACUUAUAUAUAAUUGUAUAAUACUUGUAUAAUUUUAUAUUAAAAUUUGAAAAUUUUUUACAUAAUUAUGGUUUAUAUUUAUUCAUAAUGUGGUCUUUAUAUCAGUAUUUGAUUGUAGAUAGUUGGAAUGGUGGUGACAACACUAAGAUCAUGGACUGUAGAUGGUUGGAAAAUUAUUAGCUUUGUUUUGUAUUCAUAAGAUAAUAAUCUAAUGUAUUGAUUUUUUCCUACAGUGGUUUGUAGUAUGAUAAAUAUGGUCAAAAGCGGUUUAUAAAAAUGUUUUUAAUAGGUAUGUUUAGAAAUGAUGUAAGGAACACUAGUCCAGAAGUCAAGAAGCUUUAGUAAAAGUAGUACUAACAGUAGUUUAUUAAAUAUUAACAGUAAUAGAGGUAUAAGAAUGUAAUAUUUUGCUUUGAGUUCUAAUUUUUUGUAAUAAGUAAUUUUUUUCUUAUUAUAACAAGCAGGUUAGUGAGUUUAGUUUACCUUACAAACUACCUUCUCCUUUUUUUGCUCUUAGAUAAAGCUCGUUACUAAUAUAAAACAAAUUUCAGUGCUGGAGAAUCUUUUCUGUCGACUCCUUAUUUCAGUCGAAACAAUUUGUCCUGAGUUAUACUAUUUAUAGUUAAAAAUAAUUUAUAGAUCUUAUACUACUUAUAGUUAAAAAUAAUUUAUAAAUUUUACUCCGGACAUUUUUAAGAUGAAAUUGAAAAUUUUUCAAAGAGGAAUCAGUUCCGUAGACUCUAUCGAGGCAAACAUUCGAACGCAUUUCAAUAUUGUGCAACCAUAACAAUAAAAGUUUUAUAAUCUAAAAUACCAUUCCAGAUUUGCAUAAGUAUAAAAUGGAUGGAGAGACAAUAAUACGUAUCACAAUGAGGAUCGUAUUUUAUGUGUUUGUACGUACGGUUUUUACAGUCAUUUUAUACACUUCAAUUAUCUUAAAUAACUUAGCGGUAUACGCGUUUAAACAUACUAAAAUGAUACAGAGAAAUGUUACAUACGAUGUUACCAAUAGAAAAUCAUGUAAUGAUUGUGUCAUUGAACUUAUGCACAGACGAAUGUCUUACUUAUAAUCCUUGGACUUAUGCUUCCUUUUUUCUCUUAACCGUGUCACCCAAAGAAGGUUCUUUUGCUGCAAUUAAGAUUACACACAAUAUCAACUUAAAAAAAAUCAUAUAUAUUGUCACUAAUAGAUUAAUAAAGAAGUUUUAAACGGUUUACAAAGAAAUUUAGAUUUAGUCAGAAUCGUGUCUGAUGGUAUAAUUCGGUUCCCUUUCUCUUAUUGUCAGUGUUGUAACAAUCAGCAGCGAAAGCUAUACCACAAGCGAAGAAUAGGAUAAACUACACAUGUCACGAUGUUUAGUGUCUCGUAGGAUUUGUAGUAUCAUCGCUUAAAGCGACCUGUGACUUUCACGCCUCUACGUUAUGACAAUUAGAAAUUUGGGAAUUAUAUUUAAUCCGACUUAGGCUGAGGGUUGUCAUAAUGUGGAAUUUCUGGAUUAAAUAGCACUCUCCGAAUUGUUUGUUUUUCCUAUUUGUAUUCGUAUAAGUCGUUUAUAAGUAUAUGUUCUUCAGACUUAUAUCUUUAUAAUGUACUGUAUUUGUUAUUAAUAUAACAAUUUAUUUAUGAUAAUGUACUUCUAUUUAAGUAUCCUUAAAUUGCAACUAAUAAAAUUUAUUACCCGUGAGUCUCGGUCUAUAAUUCGCUUAAUGAUAUUAUAUAUAAAAUAUAAUAUAUUAAUUAUCAAGGCGUAUGACAAGUAGGAAAAAAAAUAUUAUGUUUACAAUAUUUAUGUAAGUAUUUGCUAACUAGUCUAAAUUGAAAACUCUAUUUAAUGACUAUAAAGAAUUAAAUUUCAUAUCUGAUCCAUCCUAUAAUUCGUUUGUGGCAAAACACUAAUAUUGAUACUAUUUCGCAAUAAUUUUUACGAGUAUUAUUUAGCAGCUCUUUUCUGCCUUUUUGAUAGAGGCAAAAAAUAUGUUUCUUGAUUAUACCACGAUAUAAAAGCGAUAAUACGGUUAGACAUUAAACAGAAGAUUACGAAACAAAUACAGUAAUGUAUAAAAAGAUGACUCUUUUAAAGAAUUGUGGUAUGUUUUUUAAAAACAUGAAGUCGUCGUUUAAUUAGAAAAGAAAAGUUUCAUUAAAAUAAUCUUCGAUAUAGUGUAUUAGUAGUAAUUGAUCGGGAAAAUGGGUAUCAUAAAUUAUUUUUAAAUAAAAAGGUAGACACGAUAAUAAAUAAUAAAGAACAUUAAAAGGAUUUACCUGAAAGUAAUCCUCAAUUUCUUGAAGAGUACGAUUUUUUGUUUCCGGUAAAGCAACGUAGAUGAAUGCAGUCUCUAAUAACGCAGAACUACCAAAAAUGAUGAAUAUGCCUGGUAUCCCAACAGCUUCGCUUAUCUUUUUUAAAAAGAAAUAAGAAUUCUUGUAGGUUUUAAUUCGUUAUAAUAAAAUGGGAAAAAAUAUUGGGACUAUUUAGAACAUGUAGAUGCAAAUUUAAAAGUCCCCCGCUACUUUAUAUACACACUUACCAUAAGCAUGCGACCCAAAAUCCCACCACAAUACAUAAUUAUAUUUCAUAAUGCGGCUGGUAGGAAUUGUAAUUGUAAAAUAUCUCGAAAAUAUAAUAUUUCGUUAGAAAUGCAUAUGCAAGGACUUUAUCAUGCUCGAAAUACGAGUGAAGUAUAAAUAUAAAAAAUUUGCAUUAUAAUGUACUUAUAUUUACGUAUAAAAAUACAAAGAUGUCUUGUUUUAGGUUAUCAUAUGAUUAACUAAUUAGAUUUAUUAUAUGAUUAUUAUAUGACUGAAAGCUAGUUUAAUUUGUGUAGUUAACAAGAUUUUUCUCAGAAAAAUAUAUUAAACGAAUGGUUAAAAAACGUCAGAAAAUAGGGAAGUUUCGUGCAAAUAAUAAAACAGCAAGAUACCUCGGAAUUUCACUAAUAAAUGUAAUUAUCGAAGUUAUUGAUGGAAACAUACCAUUGGGAAAAUCUUCGUUACUGCAAAAGUGAACAUGUUAAAGACAAAGAAACUGAAGGCACCGCCAAUGCCACGAGCUCUUUGCGGUAGCAAUUCACCACCCAUUAUACCUGGAAGUACCAUCAGUCCUAAACUAUUGGCUGCUACAUACAUUAAUAGACAAACUCCAACGACGUACACCUGAAACAUAUUAAAAGAACGCAAAAGUAAUGCAGUUCGUACCAGAACAUUUUCUAUGGAAAGUGAAGCAACAAGAUUUCUUGGCUAGCCUAAUAUUUCAGUUAUAAUCGUCCCACUCAACUCUUUAAACUCUUUGCACUCGAUUUAUUUUCAAUGUUUUUGUGUAUAAACUUUGUGUAUAAAGUUUUUUUUCAACGAACUUUAGUUGCCUAAAUGAGUUCACUUCAUUGAGGCCAUCGAAUUUCUAGAAAUGUGGCAAAAUAUCAUAAAUAACAGUAGCAAUUAUUUUAUCGAUUAAUCGUUGUUUUAAAUAAAGUUAUGAUUUUAUCAAAAAAUCAGACAGAAUUUUUUACUAUAUUUAAUGAAUAAAAACAGGCCAAACACGAUCGGUUAAAAUGAUUUUUGAAAAAAUAUUAGAAAUCUGUGUGAAAUAAAGAAUGUCAAUUGCUUCUUUUAUGUAUGCUAAAGGUUAAGACAGAUAUAGAGAAUAAUACAUCGAAUUCUAUGAUUAGUUCGAUUUUGUUUAAAGAUACAAAGUUGAUAAACGAAGAAAUAUCAUUUUAUGUUAUUACAAAGGACUUAAUAAUGCGCGAUUAUAAAAGAGAAAUACUGUUGUAUUGUAUAUAAUGCUAGUUUUUUCAACUUAUGUGGAAUAUCUCUGGAGGUAAUAUUUGUCUAAUCAUGAUCUAGUCAUGAAAGUAAAUAACUUACGUCAAUGCUAGAAGAUUCUUUCCUAGUUAAUAUAUACCCAGCAAGAAAUAACGAUGCCACGCCGCUUCCGAAAGCCGAUAAUAUUCCUAGGCUUCUUCUGCCCAAAAACAAUAAUAAAGUACUUCCUAUUAAGGUGAAUAGAAGUCUGAUAACUGCGGUAAUCACCGCCGCAAAAUAAUUAUUUAUAUUUUCACCGCCUGUAUGUGACAAAC